GAUUUACUCUACCGAGGUAAAUAACGACGUGAUCUUUUUAUCGAGGUGAGAAAGUAGCAGAGAAUAUUAUCUCAAACGUGUCGAAGGACCGAUCGAUUUCUGUUGGAAGAUCUUCCGUUCCUCUCGUGAUCAGGGUAACGACGCAGGUCGUCAAGUUGCCGAUCCUGAGGUCGCGUGUGUACAUGCCUCAUAUGCCGCGCAUGUUCGUGCGUGCAAGGCGGUCUGUUGAUUUUGACAAGUGUCAAGCGGCUCUUUAAGAUUCCGAUUUGCGAUUUUGCGCGAAAUAUGGUGAUGAUAAUGAUCAGGGCGGAGCGAAUCGCGGCACGACGGUAGCGGCACUUAUGAGACGGCACGCACGCAAAUCCACGGAGAUCUCUCUUCGUCGGCAGCUCACCGGAACUCGCGACGCGGUCGUUUAGGUUACCCUCGGCCUCGUAUAUUCCUCUUUUAAAUGGAAGAAGCGACGGCCAACUCGCCGGGACUACGGUUGGAUGGCAACAACCGCAUCGCCGAGUCGGGCGACAAGACACCCUGCGGGAGUGACAGCGACGCGGAACGUCAGUGCGAAGAUCGCACGCCGCAGCAGUCCGAGAGAUUCAUCGACAACUCCAUUUUCAAUACCAUUUCGAAAAUCGUCAAUCCCAAUGCAAAGGUGCCAGAAAUUGAUGACUUUAAGAUAGUGAAGCCAAUAAGCAGGGGAGCUUUCGGUAAGGUGUUCUUAGGGCACAAAAAGUCCAAUCCCGAGCAAGUGUACGCGAUCAAGGUGAUGAAGAAGAACGAGAUGAUCCACAAGAACAUGGCGUCGCAAGUGGUGAUCGAACGGAACGCGUUGGCCCUUACCCGCAGUCCGUACUGUGUGCAACUGUUUUACUCGCUGCAGACCGUCAGCAGCGUGUACCUAGUCAUGGAGUAUAUGGUGGGCGGUGAUCUCAAGAGCCUGCUCGGCUUCUGCGGCUACAUGGAGGAAUCCAUGGCGGCGUUUUACACGGCGGAGGUGUGCCUGGCACUGGAGUACUUGCAUUCGCACGGGAUCGUGCACAGGGACCUGAAGCCGGACAACAUGCUGCUGUCGAGCGAGGGGCACGUCAAACUCACGGACUUCGGACUCAGUAAGAUAUCGUCCUUACACAGAGACCUCGAGAUAUCGGAUCUGGUGAAUUGCACGCCCAGUCUGUGCGCCAGAACGCCCGGUCAGAUCCUCUCGCUGACCUCCCACCUGUCUUUCGGCUCGGCCCAAAAGUCCAGCAGCAAGUCGAACUUCAGCGACUGGAGCACGCCGGCCAUGAACCUGCUCUCUGCGCUGCAGAGGAAUAGCACUAGACCGCAGUCGUCACCAAAUUCGAUCAUCUCCUCGGUAGCGUCUGGUGACUAUUCACAGGAAUCCGGUAUCACUUCGUUCCAGUCGAUGGAGGAUUUGCACCUGGAGGGCACGGAGCAGGGUAUGACGAACGACGUUGGAGCGGACGUUAGAAAGAGCGAGGAGAGCCCGUCGCUGAGGACGGACAGCAAUAGCUCCGGCAGCUACCACACCUGCGCGUCGUCCUCCAUCCAGACGAACAAUCACACCAUUCAGAAUACGGAGGACGAGGACGAGUCCACGCUCGAGGCCGAGCAAUCGCAGCAGCCUCUGCGAACCAGUCCACUGAGCACCUGGGUGAAGUCGUUCGGUAGAGGAGCGAAGAGGAAGCGGCACAAUGAGACCACUAGUUUAACGUGCGAGAUCAACGCGAUGGACCUGGACGUCACCAAGACGCCCAAGAGGAAGAAUCGCGGGCCCUUGUUCUCCGACGCGAACACGAUGGCGGUCAACGUCACCGCGAUGUCCGACAAACCGGUGGACAUCACGAUCGACACGAGCAACGAACAAGACACUGGCUCUGCGGGUCGAGUAGCCUUCAGCACGCCGGUGUCCUCCAUUAAGAAGAGCCGUGAGACCGCGGAGAAACGGAAGAGCCAGGAGGAGAAUGGUGCUCUGAUCAAGACGACGAGAUUUCACCUACCGCCGCCGUCCACUUCGCACUCGGCGCCGAACCUGCACACCGACGGCCAUCGUUCACCUCAGGACAUCUCGCCCAUCAAGACACCUACGGCUUCGAGCAACUGUUACACGCCCUACAGGACGCCGAAGUCCGUCAGAAGAGGCGGCCAGACCGCGACCAACAGGUCGGACGAUCGCAUACUCGGCACGCCCGAUUAUCUCGCGCCGGAACUCCUGCUCAAGCAAGGCCACGGGCCUGCGGUCGAUUGGUGGGCGUUAGGUGUGUGCCUAUUCGAGUUCUGCACGGGCGUGCCGCCGUUCAACGACGAGACUCCGCAGGCGGUAUUCACCAACAUCCUGGCGCGAGACGUACCGUGGCCGGAAGACGAGGAAGCUCUGUCGUCGGCGGCCACCGACGCUAUUGACGCGCUGCUCACCUUGGACCAAGCAACACGUCCUUCGGCAAAGGAAGUGCGCGCCAUGGCCUUCUUCCGGAACUUCCCCUGGGACGAGCCGGCGAUAGCCGUACCGCCUUUUAUCCCGCAGCCGGAUGAUAAGUAUGAUACGUGCUACUUUCAAGCGAGAAAUAUUCUUCAACACUUGAAUGUAAGUCAAUGCGAUACGUAGACUUCGACGGUAUGCGGACGGUGGCAGGAACGGAAGCCUACAGUAUCGAAAUAUUAUUACUAUCUGUAACUUUAUUCUUCUUUUUUUAUAUAUACUUGUGUAUGUAUAAUAGUAUAAAAUACUUUGUCAGUAUGUGAAAUCGCGCGAGUUUGCGUUCGUUUUCUUACGUAGUAAAUGAAUGAUGAUGGCAUUAUUUAGCGAUGAGGAAGCGUACGUAGAGCACGAUGAUAUGGAACUUGAGACGAGCUGGAACGUUCGCAUCUUGUAUAAUUAAAAAGAAAGAGGAGUGAAGAGGAAAAUGACAGUUAAACUUCGUCGAAAGUGGGACUACGCGUUACUGCUUUCGAUCACGAAAACAUAUUUUCUUUUUUAUUCCGCUAUAGGAAGCUCUAUCUUUGAUAGAGCUCGAGAGUUUUUUAUCACAUUUUUCGGAGCGAAUGCGACGGAUCUUGCGUUUUUCGACAAGCCUUCUUGCCGAAGAGAUGG